UCCCCGCCGCCGGGUCGCCCGGCAACAGCGCGCGUACACAGGCGGCGCGGCCGGGGGCCAUGGCGGCGGCGGCGGGGCCCGGGCCCGGGCCCGGGCGCCCCCGCGGGAGGCGGCAGCUCGCCCCACCACAUCAUUUGGAAGAAAUUAACAUUCUGGAUGGCUAUUUUCUUCCAAAUGAAGUAGAUCUUCAUCAGGUAAUGGUAUUGCCAAAAGCAGAAUGGGAAAGGAUUCAGGACAAUCUUGACAGCACAACUAGAGAAGCAGCACGCAUCCUUGCUGAGAAGAAAGAACGGGAAGAAAUGCACUUACGCUCCAAAGCUGCUGUAAAAGACUGGCCCAAUACCAUUAUGGGCCUGGCACAACGGAAACUUAAAGCCAAAAAAUUACGUGAAGAAAGGGAAGAAGAAGAAAGAAAGUUACUUGAUUUGGAAGAGCAACGGUUCCAAGCAGCAAAACGGAAGGAGGCUCUUGAUCAUGCAAAAACCUACCUAUACUAUCAGAACGAAAGAGUGAAAGGGUUGCAUAGUGCACUUCUACUUGCUGAGGUCCUAAAAGAAAGAGAUGCUCAAGUUGAAUUUAAAAAGUUAAAGUCAGAUGUUAACAAAAAGAAGGGUGAAGAAAAGGAACAUGAACAUAAAGAAGCUAUUCUCAGAGAGGAAGAAAAGGCACAUCAAUGUUAUAUGAAUCAACAGGCACUACGCAGAGAUCAGCUGGAACAAAUAAAGGAGCACAAGCAUCAGGCAGAUCUGGCCAAGCUAGAAGACAAAAGAGAAGGCGAACAAAUACAGAGAUUGAACCGACUGUACCAACUGGAAAUUCAGAGAGGAAAAGAAAAGGAACAGGAGGAAAAAGUUGAACGCCAGAGGCUGCAUCAUGAGCAUGUAACUGAGCAGAAAAUAAUCAAAGCAGUAGAGGAGCAAAAAGAAAUGGAAGAAGAUGAUCGGAUUAGAGCUCAUUGUAAAGCAAAGGAAACUAUUGCCAAGCUGAUAAAAAAGAAAGAAGCUGAAAUGCGCAGACUAACACAGGAACAUCAGGAUAAAAUCGUUUACCAAUUAGCUGUACAAAUGAAUGAGGCAUUAAAGAGGGAAGAUGAUCGUCUUGCUAAAGACAUUGCAAAAAAAGAAGCUGAACAAGAAAAAAAACGCAAAGAGAAAGAAGCAAAAGAAAAGGCUGCCAUUAAAUCUAUUGCUGAACACAGAGCCACUGUGAUGAAGAUGAAAGUAGAAAAGGAGAGAGAGGAAAAAGAAGAGGGUAAAAAAGAACUUCAUGCAUUAAUGGAAAAGAACUGCAUCUACCUGGAAACGGAAAAAGCCAAGAAACAAAGACAACGUGAUGCAAACAUGGAAGUGCAGAAAAUUCAGAUCCAGCAAAUGGCUGAAAAGCAGGCAAAAAAACAGCAGGAAAAGCAAGCAGACUUGGAUUAUGAUGUCCAGAGAGAGGCUAUUGCGCUUUUUAAGGAGCGUGAAUUUCAGAGCUAUGCAAAGCAAGUAAUUGAAUCAGAGUCCAAGACUACACACCAUCUUUAUCCUCUUCUCAAAGCAUCCAAAGAUGGAAGAGGACUUGGACAUGGGCCAUUUUCCAGAGGAAGAGAAGGAAUAAAUACUAGUUUUCAAUCACAGGAUGGUGCUGGGGGCCAGUUACCUUGUUGUAGCUGCACUCCUGCUCAAGAAGUUAAAAACAUGAAAUAACAUUGAGACUAUCCAGCAAGGAAAGGCAGAAGCAGUUUUCACGUGGUUAAAAAAAAAUAUCUUUUGAACCUUACCGGCAGAGUUAAGCUGCAAAGGAUCUACAUCGAAUAUAUAUUAUGAAUCUGGAAGUCCAUUUGGAGAAAAAAAGAUUGCCAGAGAACUGGUUGUAUUCUCAAAAAUCCCCAGCUUGUAUUUCAUGAAAGUUAGUUUAUUAAACUUGAGACAGGAAUGCA